AUGGGCGAGAGGAAAACAACUCAAUUUCCCUCUCCUAUGCCGGAGAAGUUUAUUAAGUUACUUGAAGGUUUUCGUGUGUCCAAAGUACUAUUUGCAGCGUGUGAAUUGAGUAUCUUCGACAAACUGCGCUCCGCAUCCGUACCACAAUCGGCCAGCGAAAUAACGCAGACGUUGUCCUCCAAUCUCGACGCCUCUACACGUCUCAUGGACACCCUUGUGGCAAUGGAAUUCCUAGAAAAAUCCAAACAGGGUGACCGAUGGUUGUACAAUAAUUCUGAAAUGGCCACUAAAUUUCUCACCACAGAGAGUCCUGAUUCCGCACUAGGGCUCAUAAAUUUAGAGAAUAAUAUAUCGUACCACUUCUACGGAAAUCUAGAAAGCGCAGUGAAGGAAGGAGAAACACAGUGGGAGAGGAUAUAUGGAAAAUCAUCCGUAGAGGUUUUCAAAGAGCACUACAACACCGAAGACGACACUUUACGAUUCAUGAGUGCCAUGCAUUUUAACUCACUAUAUGGAAGUUAUGCUGUUGCGAAAGCCAUGGAUUUGAGCGAAUAUAGCAGCUGCUGCGAUUUAGGAGGUAGGUGAAAUUUGCUAUUUCUCGAUUUAUGUUAAGUGAGAGUUUUCUCGAGCUGAAUAUGACGUGUCUCCGUAGACAGGGGUCCAUGGUCCUGAAGUACAGUGGCCCAUAAAGGACAGCACUUUCAAUAAUAAUUUUCACGAACAUUGUAAAAGAAAAGCGCUAAAAAUUUAAUAUUACACUGCCACAAAGCAGUGUAAACCUGCACACUUCACUCCAAUUUAACUCGCUAUGCAAAAAAACACAUCUCCACACUGCAAAUAACAUAAAUUACCGCACUGGAAACAAGAUAUAUCGGUGCACGCUGCAAACAGAAUAGAUAUCCGCAUUGCAACUAAAAAACUUUUGUUUUUACCCACUCCAACCAAAAAAAUUGAACAAUGCAAACAAAGCAAAAUUGCAAAAGGAUUUGCCUAUGAGGAGUACAUAGAACAAAUAUGAAGUGAUGAAAAAAUGUGCCAUAAAAACUACGCAGUCGGAAAAACCACCCUGCUCGCUCUCUUCCUCCCUCGAGAAACCCUUAGAACAAAGUUGAAUUUUUUCAGCAGGUUUAGUGACUUUAGAGGUAGUAUUUAAACAGUGUAAAGAAGUGAGUUACACUCGCUUGUGUACCAAACCUUCUUCAAAACACUAAAGAAAAACAUAGAUUCAUUGUUCAAGAUUUUACGAAGUCGCAUUUCAUAGUUUAUGAGCGAUUUCAAUCCUGAGUCUGUGUAUCUGUGUAGCUUGCGGGAUCAGGGUGCCAGCUCGAGAAUUUUGCCCCAUUCUUCUCACGGCUUAAAUUCAUUGCCGCGGCGCUCCGUGUGGUCUAUGGCUGCCCGUUACCCUUCCCAUGGUCCCUUGCGCUUCGUCACCAGUCACUCGCGUUUCGCGCACGCCUCUAUGCGAAACCUUGAUGCGAAACCAUGUGAAAAGCGAAGCGCCUGAGGAGGAGGCUGGGUCUAUGGUAAAAAGUAUCCCGCGCAAUAAAUCCCGCUAGCUACGCAGGCUAGGGCCAUAUUUUCUCCAGCUAUUUGUCAUCCCGACGUUGUCAGAUUUUAUUCCACAAACUUUUAGACAACGACGCUUUGUAACAGUUUCAUCUUAUUUUGCUGACCUCAAGGUCUGGACGACGCCGUUGCCGUUUUUGAUCUGCGAAAUGAAUUAAAGCUUAAUUUUCCAAUUAUUUUGUCAAUGUAACUAGGUGCUGUGGGCACUCUCGCCUAUGCUUUGUGUCAGUUCAACCCUAAAAUGAAGAUAACAGUUUGUGACUUGGAGCCAGCCGUGAGUUUAGCCCAUCACUUCCGACCAUCAGUUGAAGCUUGCCCAAAUCAAGCCAACGUUUCCUUUGCGGUCGGCGAUUUCUUCAAACCUGAAACCAUACCAAAAGCUGAACUGUAUGUGCUGUCUCACGUUCUCCACGACUGGUCAGAGGAUAAAGUUGACUUGAUUCUUUCAAAUGUCUACAAGUGCUUACCCUCAGGUAAUUUUUAAUGAAAUACCAACACAGUCUUAUUGCACGUACAAUCAGAGACUGGAACUCUAGUUGCCAAAUAGAGUCAUUGAAGAGUAGCCAGUAAAAGCUUUUAAAAUGGCUGUCAUGUGCCAUGUUUAAAAAAACGCUGACCCCGAAAUAUUUUGUUAUUAUUAGUUUUUUUAGCAAUCGCACCUUGUAUCAUAUUUUACUUCUAGCACAUUCAUAUUUUUGCACAUCUGCUGUUAUGCCUUUUGCAGAUCACACAAUUAGAAUUAGAAUAAGAAUUAGAAAUCAAGUUCACUGGUGAAAAGUACGUAAGAACCUUUACGUUCGUAGGUUAUGGAGUGUGGGCAAAUUCUUCGCGAUAAUUAUUCAUACCCUUGGAUUCCCGGGAUUGACACCAGGGCCGAGUUGUUCAAGGCUGGGUUAAGAUAACACAGGGUUAGUGCGAGAUUUGAAUUCAGAUUUGAAAGCUUAAAAAGCAUUUCACUUUUAAUUCUUUUUGUCUACAAGUUGAUGAUUGGAAGCUCUAAAAAUAACAGAGAAAAGUAUCCGAGAAAAUGCUUUCGAACACAAGAAAAAGAGACCCGGGUUAAGUGCUAAUCGGCCUUCCAACAACUGGGCCCAGUUUCAUUGCUAGAAUUCUUAAGCUGACUGUUUGAUUAACAAAAGGCAUUUCAAUUUCUGUCGCUCGAACGGCUUAGAGUCCGUUUCAGUACUGAAUGGUAUGUUUCCUUAUUGUUUGAACAAUCUUUCCCUAUUACCACGAAAAGGGGCAAAAUCCCCAGUUUUUAUAGUUUCUUCUCUUUUUAGGUGGAGGACUUCUCAUUUGUGAACAGAUUUUAAACGAAGAUAAAGACGGCCCAUUGCCUGCCCUUCUUAACUGUCUUCUUAUGUUGGUGGAAACAGGAGGAAAAGAAAGAUCCGCUUCAGAAUACAAGCAUCUCCUGGAAAAGCAUGGAUUUGUAGAUGUUCAAGCGAAAAAAGUUUAUUUCUCUAAAGAUGCCAUUUUAUGCAAAAAGUUGUAA